CACCAGCGCCUGGACGCUCGCGCCCCGGCCUCGCCGCCAUGGCUUCCUCCCUGGCCGCCCUCCACUCAGCCGCCGCCAGCCACCUCCCACACCCUCGACGUCAGAGGACCGCCGCCCUCGCGCGCGCCUCUCCUCUCCUCCGCCUGCCGCUUCGCCUCCGCUCCCGCCGGGUCCCCGGGUCGCCGCCAAGAACCUCGCAGUUGGCGACCGGCGCCGCUGGCGGCACGGCAACCGGCAGGGCGAGGCGGAGCGUAGGCGUCGACGUCGCCGCCCUCGCCGCGGCGCUGCGCGACGCCAGAACGGCCGACGACGUGGAGUCCUCGGUGAACGCCUUCUUGAGCGACGACGAGGCCCGGCUCCUGCCGCUCCAGGUGUACACGUGCGUGAUCCGGGGGCUCGGCAAGGGCAACAGCCCGGACGCCGCGUUCGCCGUCGUCGAGCACCUCAAGCGGAGAGGGGUGGUGCCGAACCAGUUCGUGUACAACUGCCUCCUCGGCGCCGUCAAGAGCUGCGGCGAGCUCGGCCGGGUCCAGGCCGUCCUCGACGACAUGGAGGCGCAGGGGGUGCCCCCGAACAUCGUCACCUUCAACACGCUGAUGUCGAUCCACGUCCAGCAGGGCAGGGUGGAGGACGCCCUCAGGGUGUACGCCGACGUCCAGGGGCGCGGGCUCGUGCCGACCGCCGCGACCUACUCCACGGUGAUGUCCGCCUACAAGAAGGCGGGGGACGCGUCCGCGGCUAUCCAGCUCUUCGCCCUGCUCAGGGAGAGGUACAGGAACGGGGAGCUGGUGGGGAGCCGUGGUGACCCGGAGCAGGAGCUCGUCAAGCUCGAGAAGCUGACCGUCCGGGCGUGCUACCUGUCGAUGCGGCGGUCGCUCGUCGGGGGGAAGAAUCCGGUCGGCGAGGCGCUGAAGGUCCUCCUGGACAUGGACGAAGCAGGUGUCCGGCCGGAGCGGAGCGACUACGAGCGGCUCGUCUGGGCGUGCACCCGGGACGAGCACUACGCCAUCGGCAAGGAGCUGUACCAGAGGAUUCGCGACGGUGGCGACGAGAUCAGCCUGUCCGUCUGUAACCACCUGAUCUGGCUAAUGGGCAAGGCGAAGAAAUGGUGGGCGGCUCUCGAGAUCUACGAGGACCUGCUGGACAAAGGGCCGAAGCCGAACAACCUGUCCCACGAGCUGAUCAUGUCGCACUUCAACGUCCUCCUGGACGCCGCCAAGCGAAGGGGCAUCUGGAGGUGGGGCGUCAGGCUGCUGGACAAGAUGCAGGAGAAGGGCCUGAAGCCCGGAGGCAAGGAGUGGAACGCGGUCCUCCUCGCGUGCUCAAGGGCCUCCGAGACGUCUGCGGCUGUGGACGUCUUCAAGAAGAUGGUGGAGCGAGGGCUGAAGCCGGACGUGGUCUCCUACGGAGCGUUGCUGAGCGCGCUCGAGAAAGGCAGGCUCUACGACGAGGCACUGAGGGUCUGGGAACACAUGCGCAGGCUCGGCAUCGAACCCAACCUCUACGCGUACACGAUCCUGGCGUCGAUCUACAUCGGCAAGGGCGACCACGCCAUGGCGGACGCUGUUCUUCACGACAUGCUGUCGAAGCGGAUCGCGCCGACCGUCGUCACCUUCAACGCGAUAAUCAGCGCGUGCGCGAGGAGCGGUUCGGGUGGGAACGCCUUCGAGUGGUUCCACAGGAUGAAGAUGAAGGGCAUUGAGCCGAAUGAGAUCACGUACCAGGUGUUGAUUGAGGCUCUUGUGCAGGAUGGGAAGCCAAGACUUGCCUAUGAGAUGUACAUGAAGGCUUGCGGCCAGGGUCUUCAGCUUCCUGCAAAGUCGUAUGACACCGUGCUGGAGGCGUGUAGGGCUUAUGGUUCCGUAGUAGAUGUAGCUACUCUGGGUCCUCGACCUUCGAAAGGGGUGGAAGUGGAACCCAUCAGGAUAGAGAAUAGCUUCUCCCGUUUCUCUCAGUUCAAGGAUGUGCAUGGCAGCUCUCAUCGUUUUGCAGGCGUUGGAAUGUAUGGGUUUUACGGAUACAGAAUGGCAAGGUAAACAAACCAAGCAUGUAACCUACUAUCAAUCCCCCUCUCCCUCUUGUAAUCACCCUCCCAAACCCAAUGCCACAUUUUUAAAACAUUUGACUCGUGUAUUUGUAAGCUCACUAAGUUGCGAAAAAAAAAUACUAGUGCACUGCCCUUUAUGUUA